AUGGUCUCUUUCAAGGUUGCGACUUCCUAUGCCCUUUUUAGCGUCCUGUAUACAUCGCACGCGAAUGCCAUCUCUUGGGCAACGACUUCCAAGCAUGCAACUCAUCGGUCCAUCCUCAUUGGUCGUGACCUGAAAGUGGAGGCUUUCCAUCCUCCCUCCAACUACAAGACAUUUGGUACUGGCCUUGAAUUACCCAUGGCUCUCCAUGCAGACAGCAUCAAAGACCAAUCUAUCAAGUCCGUCUCCUCGCAGUUGAAAAUAGACCCGUCAGAACUAGUCUUCACAUCGGGUUAUGGAAACGAUAUCGGACGGGUUGGUUAUGUGAAGCAGAUGCAUGAAGGGGUACCUUUCGUGAACGCUGUCGCUAACGUAGCGUUCAAGGACAACAAGCUCGUAGCCUUUGGACAGUCAUUUGUCGACACCAACAAUAUCGCGCCAUCUGCACCUUCGGUGGAUAUUGAGAACGUUAUCCCCAAGAUUGAAGCUUCUCUGCAAGGAAAACGAAACGAGAUCAAGCCCACCCUCGAGUAUCUUGCCCUUCAAGAUGGUCGAGUUGCCCUUGUUUACAGUUUCCAAGUGCAGAACGAGGAAACCGGAACGUGGUACGAGGCUUACGUGGAUGCACAUUCUGGUGACCUUCUCUCUGUCACUGACUUCGUUGCGGAAGCCACGUACAAAGUCCUUCCCGUUUGGAAAGAAACAAUAGUUGAAGGCCUCGAGACGCUAGUCGAUCCGCAAAAUCUUGCCUCCUCUCCUCAAGGGUGGCAUGGCUCCGGGGCUGUGGAAACUGCUGGUAACAAUGUCGUCGCAUACAAAUCACAGCAGGCCGCGACUACCCCUCAGUGGAAGUUCCAAUCGACGUAUAAUGCUUCCCAGACUUCAAGCACCCCCAACAACCUCGAUGCUGCCCGCACGAAUGCAUUCUACAUAAUCAAUACAUUCCACGAUGUCUUGUACCAAUACGGAUUCACAGAAGCGGCAUUCAACUUCCAGAAGGACAAUUUUGGAAAGGGAGGAGCUGGAAAUGACGGUGUUCUGAUGAGCGUUCAGGACAAUUCCGGAACUAACAACGCUAACUUCGCUACACCUCCUGAUGGACAGUCUGGGAGGUGCAGAAUGUAUAUAUGGACAAGGACCAGCCCCAACCGUGAUGGUACUAUGCAGAAUGACGUUCCCCUUCAUGAAAUGACCCAUGGUCUUACCAACCGAAUGUCCGGCGGAGGUAGUGCACGGUGCUUACAGACGCGAGAAUCGGCUGGUAUGGGUGAAGGAUGGUCAGAUGCUGUUGCUGACUGGUUUGCCCAUUCCAACUCGUCUCUUAUCACUGAUUUUGUGAUGGGACAAUGGGUUAUCAAUAGCUCAGCUGGCAUUAGGUCUUAUCCGUAUUCCAUAUCCAAUACGAUCAAUCCCCUCAGGUAUUCGUCGAUUGGUCAGUUGAUCGAGGUUCAUGAAAUUGGAGAGGUAAGAAAACCUUUCUGA